UGGGGGAAUGAACGCUUCCUGUUGGCUCGUGCCCUGAUUGGCGCGCGCUCUUCCUGCGCGACAUCUGGAAGGGAGGAGAGACAGAAAAGGAGAGCGAAAGAUAGAGAGGACUAGAGAAGGAGAGAAAAGAGGACAGAACGACUGUGACUGUCUCCUGAGAAAUACGGCGCGGGUUCUCAGUAGAGACGCGGCGGUGGAAAACGUGGCUGAAACGCCGAGCGCAUGAGAUCACGUGCCGCUUCGAACCGUGAGCUUUUCUGCAGAUGGGAGAGCGGUUCUUACCGGGAACCUUCCAUACGUCGAGAAUUCAUAGCGUUGAGCCCCCUGUCUCGCAGUUUAAGGGUCUGGAGUUGCUGACUUGGGGGAAAAAGUGAGUCAGAGAGCUAGAGGGAGAGAGAGAGAGAGAGAGAGGAGUCAUGGAGACUGCAGUGUUUGGAAGAAGGACUAAAUCUGUUCUGGCUCUCGUGAGCAUUUCAGACGGAGAACUUCCUCUCACUCGUUCGGUUCGAGACUCGGACGACGCACCAUGGCCCGAGAGGCUCUGUGGAAACGCCCACAAUCCCUCGCUCUCUGAUUUUCAGCACCAACCUCCGGUGAUUAACAACAAAACCCUUCCAAGCCAUGAUGUCGGUCUGCGUGCCCUCUCCGCAUAGCUCCUCCACUUCCAUGGAUGCGGCCAACUGCAACGGACCUACUGUGACUCCACCCACCUCCCUCAGCCUACGCUCCUCCCACAACCAACUUCUCAGCGGUGACGUGGUCAAUCAGGGCCAGACCACGCCCCCGAAGUGUCGCAAGAAGUACGCACUAAUGAGCAUGCAGAGCGCCAUGGGGCUCGGUGACAACGCUGCGCCGCCUCCUUCAUCGUCCUCCUCGUCCUCUGUCACAGGACUAGGUAACGCUACCAAUCUAAAGCUGGCGAAGAACGGCGCGAACCGGCUACGCAAGGCGGCCGAGCUGCAAGACCAGAACAAAAACACGACGAACGAAGACGACGUGGAAGACUCGCCGGACUCGGACUGCGAGCCGGAAUUCAGCGUCAGCGGACAAACGGAGCCGGACGACUUCGAGCCGGCUAACGAGGACACGAGCGAUUUUCUCAACGACGAGGAUCGAGCCGAGGACUCGAACACGGACCCCUUCGAGGAGGAUUCCGACGAGCUGCUCAUCCUGUCGGAGAAAGCCGACCCCGUCAGGAAGUCCCCGCAGCUCCAGAAGGACAAGAUCUUACUGGAGUCGCACGGCGACGACCUUUCGCGGGACGAGCCCAGGGCGCGAGACCACGACGUCACGGUGCCACUGCUGAAGGACGAUUUCAGUCCGCCGUUAUUACGGAAACAGCGCAGCCCAGAGGACACGCCCCUUCUGUCUGUCGGCUCCUCCUCCGCCUCGUCCUCCCCGGAGACGAAGAAGGACAGGCCCCGGACCGGAGCGAAGACGGACCGCGCACUUCAUCGCAUCCAGAACCUUCCGCCUAGUGAUGAGGAGUCCAGCUGGACCACGCUGUCUCAGGACAGCACCUCACUGGGCUCGCCCGAGGACACAGAUAUCUGGGGAGAGCGGUCAUUCCAGACGGACCCAGACUUGCCCCCAGGAUGGAAGAUGAUGACGGACAUGGCUGGCAUUUAUUACUGGCACAUUCCCACCGGCACCACGCAGUGGGAGAGACCGGGCCCAUGCCAUCCUGCACCAAGCGUCCCUCAGGGAGACACACGCAAACACUCGCUGGGCUCGCUUUCUCCUUCACCCACACCUGACCAAGAGGCGUCUCAAGCGCAGGUGUUUUUCGGAGCGUCCUGUCGCUCAGACAGCACCACAUCGGAGAGCUCCGCCGACCCCGUCCCGCCCGCCCCCUCCUCCUCGACGUGUCUUGACCCCGCCCCUCUCCUCUCAUCAAACUCCUCCUCCGCUUCCUCCGACGCCACCAUUCCUUCCUGUGGGUUCGUCAACAGCUGCUACUUCCCUCGAUCCUCAUCACUGCAGAUCAUGCCAGAGAAGGACAAACACCCAGAGACCCAGCAUCGACAGGAGAAGAAACAGCCCUGGAGUGAUUUUGCAGUGGGAAAGAUUGAUAGUGAGGUCUGGAAGGAUCUGCAGGCUGCUACAGUGAACCCUGACCCCAGUCUGAAGGAGUUUGAAGGAGCUACUCUCCGCUAUGCCUCUCUCAAGCUUCGAAACCCUGCUCCUGUGGAGGAAGAAGAUUCCAGCAGUGUUAACAGUGACCCUGAAGCCAAGUGUUUUGCGGUGCGCUCUCUGGGCUGGGUCGAGAUGGCCGAAGAGGACUUGGCCCCCGGUAAAAGCAGCGUCGCCGUUAACAACUGCAUCCGACAGCUCUCCUACUGCAAGAACGACAUCAGAGACACAGUCGGCAUAUGGGGAGAGGGGAAAGAUAUGUAUCUGAUCCUGGAGAACAACAUGCUGAACCUGGUCGACCCGAUGGACCGCAGUGUCCUUCACUCUCAGCCAAUCGCAAGCAUCCGUGUGUGGGGUGUGGGGCGGGACAACGGCAGGGAUUUUGCCUACGUAGCACGUGAUAAAGACACACGGAUAUUAAAAUGUCAUGUUUUUCGCUGUGACACGCCUGCCAAAGCCAUCGCUACCAGCCUGCAUGAAAUCUGCUCCCGGAUCAUGGCAGAGCGUAAGAAUGCCAAAGCUAUGGCCGGAGGAUCUCUGCAGGACAGGAGCCACACGGGACUCGACGUCCCGCUGCAGGCAGAGUUCCCCACACCAAAGACUGAACUGGUGCAGAAGUUUCAGGUCCUGUAUGUUGGCAUGAUGCCAGUAGCCAGACCCAUCGGCAUGGACAUUCUAAACGGCGCAGUGGACAGCCUGAUGACAUCAUCAGCCCGAGACGACUGGAUCCCAGUGAUGCUGAAUGUAGCGGACGCGACAGUCACGGUCAUCAAAGAGAAGGAAGAGGAAGAGGAAGUCCUAGUGGAGUGCCGCGUGCGUUUCCUGUCGUUCAUGGGCGUGGGGAGAGACGUGCACUCGUUCGCCUUCAUCAUGGACACGGGCAGCCAGCACUUUGAGUGCCACGUGUUCUGGUGCGAACCCAACGCGGGCAGCGUGUCCGAGGCGGUGCAGGCCGCGUGCAUGUUACGAUACCAGAAGUGUCUGGUGGCGCGACCACCGUCGCAGAAGUCUUGCUCGCAGGCCCCGCCCUCCGACUCAGUGACGCGCCGGGUCUCCACCAGCGUCAAACGCGGCGUCCUGUCUCUCAUCGACACUCUCAAACAGAAGAGACCCGUCACGGAGCUGCCACAAUAGUCACACUCGCACACACACACUCGCAAACACACUCUCACACGUAGACUCGGCAUGCGUACACCCACUCCUGUUACUGUGGCAUCGGAAAAACACACUCUUCUAUAAACAGACACACACCGAUCGUGCUUCACCUCUAGCAUAACGUGGCUCCGCCUCCUCUGUGUCCAAUCACGUGUUAUGUGCUUAUCUGCAUGGGGUGACCACACCUCCGGCGCAUGAUACGAGACACCGUACAUGGUUUAGGAGAAGUGUGGAGCACCCUCCUGUGUGUGUGUGUGUGUGUGUGUGUGUGUGUGUGUGUGCAUGAAAAGCCAGACAGAUCAAACACUUAACCUCACUAGAGCUUCCUCUGUACAAUCCCAGCUGGCUGUAAGGUGUGUGUUUGUGUGUGUGUGUUUGUGUGUGUGUGUGUGUGUGAGAGAGAGAGAGAGCUGUAUGUGUGUACAUUGCUGCUGCUUCAUCAGAACUAUAGCAUCUUUCGAUGCUCUCAUUCACACAGCAUGCGUUCCUACUUCCUGUUUCACAGCCUUCAUCCGUGUCGAGAUGGACAGAGGAGAGGACAGAUUCAAAAUAAAUACUUUUUAUUUUAAAAAGCGAACAAACGAGAGACAACGCUGUGACGCUGAGUGUUGCCGUGUAAAUACAGAUCAAAGCUUUUCACCAAAAAAAAAAAACAACAAAAGACUGGGUUUGAAAGAGAAAGAGGCUGAUUUUGCAACUCCGCGUUUAAAAAAGAAAAAAAAGCCCGUGCUGACGGAUCGAACCCUUCGACGCCGAGAAAUGAUGUCCUGUGGAGUCGCUUAUUUUAUAUUGCCUCAGUGAAGAUGCCUUUUUUUUCCCUUCUUCUUUGGUUUCCUUUUAAAGCUUGUUUACGACUUGGACGCUGACGUGACGACGAAAUGGCAACAAAACCGCGCACGCGCUUAAGGCAUGUCCGGAGCGACGUUCGGACGCCGAGGAGCUCGGUUCAGCGUCCGAGCGCCGCUUCCAGGUGGUGAAAGGACGCGACAAUAAAGACACGCUCGUCCCGGGAGCCGAAUCGGCGUUCAAAGCGCACCUGUUAUGGUUUCUCAGAUAUUCCGUCUCGUGUAGUGUGUUAUCGACGUAGCUGUUUGUGAAUGUAAAAAGUUUCAAAGAUCAAAGCGCGGGACAGACGGAGUUAUCGACUCCUAAAAGAAGGAAUCGAUUCCGAACGGCUGAAUCGAGUCGUUAAGUGAUUCCGGACUUUACUUCCUGUACUAACCUACGUAGGUCUGUAACAAAAAGCCCCGCCUCUGCUCUUCAUCGGCUGAAACCCGUUACAGUAGUGGGCGUUUCCUUUUCGAAACACGCUGACAGCGGUAGACCAAUCACGAGAGACCGGGAAGUCAGACCAAUCAGAGCAGAGUACGCUCUCUGAAAGGAGAAGUUCAGAACGAAUCAUUUAGAACGGAUCAUUUAACGAAUCGUUUGUGACACUGGGGGGAAAAAAGGUAAUGAUGCAGUUUAAAUUAUGAGCACGUUAAAGUGUUUGUAGACCUCGGAUGCGUGUAUGAGACCUUUAAAACAAAAUUAGGCCCGUUUCAGAGCCGGAACCGGUGCGCUUUAACGCCUGACAUCAGCUUAUCUGUGAUCUGGAGUGCGUAGUCCUUCCUACCGUGUCAACUGUGGUCCUAAUCUCAUCACCGUGUCCGGUUUCGAGAUGUCACUUGUGUACGUGUGUGUACAGUAUCCAUAUAACACUUUGCAAGUGCAUAUCACAUCAUAAGCUAUGUUUUUUUUAAAAAAAAUACAUGUAUAUGUUAUUACGUGUUUAUUUUUUUUUCACGUAUAUGAUUUGCCUCCAGACGUCUCGUGAACACGUUCAACUCGCUGUACGUGGUGGUGUUAAACCGCCGGAGAGGAAAAGAGCGGGAGGAAAGAAUUUAUUUUACGGGUCUUCUAGAGACACUAGCCGUACGAGAGCUCGGGCCGUGAGCCGUAAGUGUCUAAUCUAUGCAUUCUUUUAGCUCGAGAGGAAAACGAAGCGAAAUCAGAAAUAAGAGAGACGCCUUUCGCGUCGCAUGUCGAGGGACAAUUUCAGAAGGACGUUGGCCCGGAACAGAACAGAUGAUUUUUAAAAUUUUAUUUAUUCUAUUUUAUAUCCGUACGUAACCUGCGCUCGGACGUUCUCUCGACCGUGGCUCGCACUAAAGAAAUCGCUCCACGACGAGAAAUAACGAAACCGGGUCGCUGAGCUAUUUUGGGGAGGGAACUGUUAUGAGGUAUUGUUGAAGUGGCUUCGAAAACACUUUGUUUUUACAUUUUGAUUUGUCGUUUUCGUCGGCCAUUUUGUUCUUCACACUCGAAUUCGACAUGUUUGACGCGUUUAACUGUUUUUCGUUUUUUUGCACAGCUUCCCCUCAUUUUUUUUCAGUGUUCUCACCGGACCUUGUUCCAAUCUCUGGAACAGGACCACAGAGGAGCGUGCAGAUUCACGGGAUUUAGAUUCAGUAGAGAUAUGACUUCCUGGGUACUCACACACACACACACACACACACACACACACACACUCACGCACACACAGUUGAAUUCUUGUGGAAACAAUGGCUUCUUCUCCUCUACACUACUUUGUACCCCCCAUACUAAAUGUAAUCUGUUGUGAGAAUAAACGGCAUAUCAGAAACA